AAUCAUUCACGGGUUUGCUUCCGACCCUCUCUGCCAGCUUACACCAACAACCAAGCGGACAUCGCCACCCAGGGCUGGUUUAUCGGGCUCAUGUGCGCCAUCGCCCUCCUGGUGCUGAUCCUGCUCAUUGUCUGUUUCAUCAAGAGGAGUCGUGGUGGCAAGUACCCAGUACGAGAAAAGAAGGAUGUUCCCCUUGGCCCCGAAGACCCCAAAGAAGAGGAUGGCUCAUUUGACUAUAGUGAUGAGGACAACAAGCCCCUGCAGGGCAGCCAGACAUCUCUGGACGGCACCAUCAAGCAGCAGGAAAGCGACGACAGCCUGGUGGACUAUGGCGAGGGGGGCGAGGGGCAGUUCAAUGAAGACGGCUCCUUCAUCGGCCAGUACACAGUCAAAAAGGACAAGGAGGAAACAGAGGGCAACGAAAGCUCGGAGGCCACGUCACCCGUCAAUGCCAUCUAUUCUCUGGCCUAACGGAGCCCACCCGGGCACAGCCACUACUUUGCAAGUGGGAGGAGGGGAAAGGGGGAGACAAAGCCACUGCAGACCUACCGCAAAGCCACCGCCACCUUCAGGGACAAGGGUACAAUAUGGGGGUCUGCCAGGCUGUGAGGACCAGUGACCACCCAGCCACCCACAAGCCCCCUCCCAAUGACCCCCUACCCCUCUGGGCACCACCAGUGUGAGACAGCUGGAGCCACAGCUAAGCUCACUGGAUGGGACCCAGUGACUUGCCCCGACUCCCGGCCACCCUGAGCUUUCCGCCACGCCACACCCUUGACCUUGGCACACAUGCUCCCCCAUUUCUGUUGGUUAUGGUACGUUUUAUUGUCUUAAUUUUUAUUUUGUACAUCUCCCCCUCCAGACCCAAUGUCUCCAUUUUCUUUUCCUUUUGAAGAAAUGUCCCUGGAAAAGAAAGAAUAGGUGGAUUCUCCCCCAGGAAAUGCAAACAUAGGCAAAAAGGAUUGCCCUGUAACAGAACAUGUAGGAAAGCUGCAGGAUUCGAGCCGCCGCUGGGCCAGUAUUUCUGAAGGAUGCCUUUCUCGCCAUAUGUCUCCCCUUGCUCCCGACCCGUCCGCCUGGGCCUUGUCAGUUGCUGAACUGGACUUGGCUUUCUGGAAAAUGACAGUAUUUUUGGCAGGAAGAG